UGCAUAUAACAAACGGAGACUAGACCAGACUUGUGUAACGCAGUUGUAACGAAAUUUUUGCCGAUAUCAAGAGAGCAACCCUGCGUAAAAAAGACGAUUCAACGAUGUUCACUUUGCCUGUAAGAUUGCUCAUGAGGACUGUGGCAUGUCAAACGAGGGCGCUACACAGAGCCACACCAGCAGCUGGAGGGCAUGGACUCUCUGUUCAUCGAGAUACACCAGAGAACAACCCAGACACUCCUUUUGAGUUUACUCCAGAAAACAUGAAGCGAGUUAACGACAUCAUAGCCAACUAUCCCGAUGGUCAUAAAUCAGCAGCUGUUAUUCCAGUUCUUGAUCUAGCUCAGCGUCAACAUGGAUGGGUUCCACUAACUCUCAUGAAUAAAGUCGGAGAUAUCUUAGACAUGCCUCAUAUGAGAGUCUAUGAAGUGGCGACCUUCUACACAAUGUUCAACAGGAACCCUGUUGGUAAAUACCACAUUCAGAUCUGCACUACGACUCCCUGCAUGCUCCGAGAUUCAGACUCCAUCUUAAAUGCCAUCACUUCAAAACUAGGCAUCAAGGUGGGUGAGACAACCCAAGAUAAGAUGUUUACCCUGAAUGAAGUAGAAUGUCUUGGGGCUUGUGUCAAUGCUCCGAUGGUUCAAGUCAAUGAUCAUUACUAUGAAGAUCUAGAAGUCAACGAUAUGAAUGAGAUUCUAGAUGAUCUUAUAGCUGGACGGUCGCCUAAACCUGGGCCAAGGAGUGGUCGACAAACAUGUGAACCUUUUACAGGUUUGACAAGUCUAACUGAACCCCCUACAGGCCCAGGCUUUGGAGUCCGAGAUGAUCUGUAGUCAACAAUCUCAACGUCUAUCCAACAAGUGUUUACAAUGUUGCCAUAGUAACCUGCUUCCUGUAUCCUGUGUUUUUGCCCGUUGGCAAAACUGAAGGAGUUGAGUUGAAAACAACUGGUGUAUUCUCAUCGUCAACAAAUGUGUUAUUUUCAAGAUGCUAGUUGCUUCUUGAAGAUGUAAAUAACUCCCGCUGGAGGAGCAACCAUUAGGAAAACAUCCCCUGGUCAGAAAUCUUUUAGUAAUGAAGAAAAUGGAUGCAAUUGAAUACACAGAGGAAAUGUGAUUUUCCGGACUGUUUUGAUUCCUGCCUAUUUGUUUGUAACUUGAUAAUGCAAGAUGUAUCGCUGAGUCCUAAUGAUUGCAUGUAUCUAAUGUCUCGGACUUGGUUGACUUCUGAUCAAGACAAACCCAUGGUCUUCAAGUAAAUGAAAUGAAGUCUUGUUUAGAGUAAUGAGAUUCUCCUUGCAGGUUUCUGUCUUCUUACUACGGCUAUGGCUUCUGCUUUGGCUUUGGUUUUGGCUCUGACAGCCUUAGGUCUUAGUCUGACAGCCAUCUUUAAGCUGUGUAUUGUUGGUAUGGUGCCAGACUUGUCCAUUUUCUCAAUAGUAAUUUAAACUGUGGAGGAACACAUGAUAGAAACACCUUCUAGAAACACCUUCUAUCGCAUCAUCCAAAAAAUAAAAAUAAUAUAAUAUAAAAUAUUUCAAUUUCCCAGAUAAAUAAAAUCGGACUUCAAUGUAUCAAUCCAUCUUUAAAAACAUGAAAACAUCCAACACAAAUGUGUACCUCAUUCUACUCAAUGGACCCUUGUAAAUUGAUAGUAUUUUUGUGAUUUUGUUGAAAUCAAAUGAUUUGAGUUUGUGGUUGUGAGAAUCCUACAUGUUGCUGUAGGUUUGGCGAAGUGAAGACCAAGGGCCCUCACAGUGUGUUGUGCAAGCAUUUUACAUAAUAAAAGUUUUACUGAAUGAAUAAACUGUAAGAAAACAUGUUUGAUGAUUUAAA